AUGCCGAUCAACUUCGAUUGGUUCGACCUCGGCCCCUUUGCGAGCGCCUACUUCGUGGAGACAGGCCUCUUUCACGGUGAGGGCGCGCUGAAGGCCCUGUCCAGCGGCCUAUACCGGCAGGUGAUCUCGAUCGAGGUCAAUGCCGAGCUCGUCGAGAGGGCGCGGGAGAAGCUGAAGCUGCCCCUGGCCGCCGGGCUGCUGAAGGUUGUUCAUGACGACUCCUGCAACCUGCGGCAUCAUAUCCAAGAUCUUCACGAGCCUUGUACUUUCUUCCUGGAUGCUCACGGCUACUGGGUGCAGGAGUGCCCUGCAUCCUCUGGCGAUCCUGAAUCUGACGACCGGGAUCCGGAUUCUCAGAGUCCGUGCCCACUUCUCGCUGAGCUGGAGGCGAUUGCCCAGCACCCACUGGCGCGACAACACAAGGUGUUAAUCGACGAUCGCCGGUGCCUGCAGCCGGGAUGGGAACACCCAACCCAAAGCUGGUGGCGUGGUCUCACCGAGGAGAUGGUUCUGGAGAAGCUUCGAAAGGUGAACCCGGACUUCAAGAUCCAGUUCAUUGAUGGCUUGCAGCCACAGGACAUUAUUGCGGCGGUUCACAGCAUCUGCCAUCCCGCUUCUGCGAUUGACGGUCUCAUGGAGAUGCUCCGGGCAGAGCGCCGGCAGCUGGUCAAGGAGCUCGCUCUGCGGCGCCGAGCGCCAUGGCCUCAUCCUGCGGCGGCGGCUUUGCUGCGCCGCCAGUGGCAGGGCGGUGUGGAGGGCGAGCCUCCCACGGGAAACCGCCUUGCCGAUCAGAAGAUGCCGACAUCUCCGCCAACCUCUCCAAGGCGUCCAGGACGGCUAAGGGAGAGGCUUGAGGAGGAAGAGGAUCGAUUGCGCCGGGAGGCGAACAUCUCCGCAAAGCCUCUCUCUAAGGCCCAGGCGCAGCCGAGGGAGAAGAUCGGGGAGGCGUUGCACGUGCCGCCCGUGGCGUUGGCCGGGGGCUUUCCGAGAAAGUCGUCACCGUCACGGGCACGAGACCUCGCCGGCCUCGACUCAAGGUGGAGCAACCUGCUGCAGCGAGUGUCGUCUGAUCGCGACCUGGAGCUCAGCCAAGGGCUGCAACAAGGCCCCUCUGCGCCGACGCCCCCGCUCUCCGCGCGGUCGACGACAACACCGCGACUGGCAAAGGACCAGCUGGUGAGCCUCCAGCAGCUCUGGAGCGAGCAGCGGAAGAAGAUGCUCGCGGGGACGUGA